AUGGGGAGAUGCAAUUAUUUUCGGCAUAGGAAAGCAUGUCCGGUGGUGCGGCUGGUUAGGCCUGGUAGAAAACCGUGGUGGCAUGGCAGGCCAUUCAAGAAAGUUUUGAAGGGUGACAAAAAUCCCGAACACUUGAUGGGAAUGCUGAAGAGGUUGACGUUGAAAAAAGGUGUUCCCGUUUUGCUCAUCAGAAAUAUUGAUCAGGCCAGAGGAUUGCGCAAUGUAACCAGGCUUAAUGUUAUUAAUAUGGGAAAACACCUUCUCAGCUGCAAGAUCCUCACCGGUAAACAUGUUGGCGAUAUGGUGUUCAUUCCUCGAAUGACGUUGAUACCGUCCAACUAUGCAUUGCCUAUUAAAUUCUAG